UAUAAUUGGAGAAAAUUAAUUUUGAAUAUAAAAUACUGGUAUUUUCGAGCGAUUCGAAAUUUUCGUUCUAUUUUUGAAACGACGGUUAUUGUACAACCGAUAAAUAACGAAUAAAUUAAAUAAGUUCUAAAAUUAAUUUUUCCUUCCGAAUAAUUAAAGAAUUAUAGCUUCUUUGGACAAACUGACAUAAUUGUAAAUCAUUUGUUGUUCUUUUAGACAACAAUUGUUACCGGAAUAAAUGAAUUUUUAAAUUUUGCGCGCUUUUCAACAACUAUUAAGAAAAAUGUAUCUUUGAGUAUUUUGUUAUUUUAUCAACUCGUGAUAUUGUCUUAUCAGUGAAUAAUAAAGAAACGCAGAGGGAUUUUGGCGAUUAUUCUCCAUUUCACUUCUGAAAAAAAGUAAUUUUUACAAUAUGUCUAGUAAAAUUGUUGUCGUGGGUUCCAGCAUGAUCGAUUUUACUACAUAUUCUUCACGUUUACCUAAACCUGGCGAAACUAUUUUCGGAUCAAAAUUCGAGCAAAGUUUUGGAGGCAAAGGUGCCAAUCAAUGUGUAACUGCAGCAAGACUUGCAGCUUCUACAACAUUUAUUACUUCGUUGGGAUCUGACAUAUUCGCUCAACAAUAUAUUGAAAAAUUAAAAAAAGAGGGCAUUGAUGUUACCUAUUCAAAGUUAAGGAAAGAUGCUCACAGUGGCGUGGCACAAAUUGUUGUUGCUGAAAAUGGAGAAAAUAGCAUCGUGAUCAUUCCAGGAUCAAAUGAAUUAUUAUCAACAAAAGACGUUGACGAGGCAGCAGAUGUUAUAAAAAAUUCUUCUAUUUUACUCUGCCAAUUUGAAACGCCUCUUAAUGUAACUUUACACGCAUUAAGACUUAAAAAAAACCACGGCAUUUCGAUUGUAAAUGGAGCCCCUGCAGUGAAAAGCAUUGAUCCCGAAAUUCUGAGUCUCGCCGACAUUUUUUGUGUCAAUGAAACAGAGGCUGAAUGUAUAACGGGAAUUGAUAAUCUCACUGUAUCUAACGCACAGGAAGCUAUUGAUAAACUUUUACUUUUGGGUUGCAAUAUAGUUAUAAUAACAUUUGGAUCUUCAGGGGCAAUUUUUGCAUCCAGUGAUAAUCCCAAAGUUAGCUUUGUUCCUGCCGAUAAAGUCAAACCUAUAGACACUACAGGUGCAGGGGACGCUUUUUUGGGAGCUUUUGCUUAUUUUAAAGCCUAUCAUCCCAAUUUAUCCAUGGAAGAAUCUAUCAGGAGAUCUUGCAGAAUCGCCACUCAAUCUGUUUUAAAACCAGGAACUCAAACGAGCUUUCCACGAAAAGAGGAACUUCCAAAAGACCUAUUUUUAUGAAUGAAACUAUCAUAAAAAAUGUCUUUAUUUUUGUUAUUUGAAAUAAAAUUUUCAAAAAAAUGCAGUUUAAAAAAAAA